AUGAAUCAUGAAAUUUUAUUUAAUAUAUAUUUAGUAGUAAAAUUGGAGAUUGGACCAAGGCGGUUACAAGCUGGGUUAUCCAUGGGUGAAUUGAGUAUUGGGAGUAGAGACAUGGAUUAG